AUGGUAUGGCCAUUUGGAUCCUCGCCACCGGAUCGCGACAAGCCUGGGCUCAAGGACAACCGACGGCCGGUUGAGUGGGACAAGUCGCUCGGCGAGGUCGCCGACCCGCUCGACGCGGCCAAACAAUGGGUGCCAGUAGUCAUCACCUCGCUGGUUGGCCUCGGCGCGCUACAGCUCUAUGCAAAUUAUCUACGGCGAAUCCCUGGCGCGGCAUUUAUCAAGCAGUCGGCGUUUCGCAAGAAGACGCUGUUUGGACGCGUCACGAGCGUUGGCGACGGUGAUGGCUUCCACCUGUUCCACACGCCUGGCGGCAGGGCCGUAGGCUGGGGCUGGCUGCGAAAGGUGCCUGAAAAGCGAAGAGACCUCAAGGACCGCACGAUAUCGAUUCGACUCGCCGGAGUCGACGCCCCCGAGGGAGCCCAUUUCGGACGACCAGCGCAGCCCCACGCGGACGAGGCGCUGAAAUGGCUAACCGAAUACAUCCUGCACCGAAAUGUGCGGGCACACAUCUACAAACGAGACCAGUACAACCGCGUUGUCGCGACCGUCUACGUGUGGCGUUUCCUGAUACGCCGCAACGUUGGACUGGAGCUGGUGAAGCGGGGUCUGGCGACGACUUACGAAGCGAAAUCGGGUGCCGAGUUCGGUGGUCUGAGACCUAUUUAUGAAAAGGCAGAAGCUAACGCCAAAAUGAAGAAGUUGGGCAUAUGGUCCGGCAAACCCAGCGAGUUUGAGAGCCCACGGUCGUACAAGAAUCGAUACUCCGGCCAGGACAGCGAGUGA